AUGCUUAAAUCAAGCUCUCCAAUAAUAAAAUCCAGUAUAAUACAGUCCAUUAGAGGGUUUAGAUACCUCAAGAAAGAAUUACCUACCGUUUAUGAAGGACUACAACCAAAAAGAAAUGGUAAACCAGUAAUGGAAUAUAUUCAUCAACAAAUGUUAGCACAACAUGAUCCAUUGGGAACAAGAACAAAAUUAAUUAACAGAGAAACUGGUUUAAGAUCAGGUGAUAUUAUAAAAGUAACAUAUAAUGAUAGAACAGAAGUUAUAGGUUCUGUAUUAGCUAUAAAAAGAGGUAAUUUAAAUUUGGGUCAUAAUAUUUUAAUACGUACAAAAUUAAAUAAAGUUGGUUCAGAAAUUAGAAUACCUUUGUUUAAUCCAAAUAUAAGAAAUAUUGAAAUUUUACAUAAACCAGAAAAAUACUUACCAAGACAUAAAUUAUAUUACAUUAGAGGUACAAAUAAAGAUGUUGGUGAUGUUGAAACAUUUGUAAAGAAAUUAGAAGCUAAAAAACAUGAUAAGAAAUGA